CCGCCGUCGCUGGAGAGGCCCCCGCUGCUGCACCGACUCUCUGACGCGCGCAGGACCUCUGCCCAGCGAGGGACCGCUGCCCACCAUUCAGCCGCCGCCGCAGCCCGGCGCUGUGUCGCACCCAGCGCUCCCUCCUGCGCCCGCCCGCGCGCCCGCGCCACAUGCGAGAGCCGCCGGCCCCUCGAGCUCGUCUGCCCCCGCGCCCGCCCCGAAGCCCGCGCGCAGCUCGCGCCGCCCCAAGCCGAGCAAGACGGCCGCCCGAUGGAGUGACGCCGCCGCCCUGCCCCCGCCUGCCCUCACCGCACACGCGCCCGCCGCCGCCGCCGCCGCCCCGCGAUCAAUGGCAACGGCCUUUGGCGCUCCCUCGGGCGACUCGCGACGGGGCGUGCCGUCUCCGCGCCCCAAGGGUCGCGAGGCCAAGAACACCUUCUGCCGCAACGUGACCAUCUACGGCCACUGCCGCUACGAGAACACGUGCCCGUACAUCCACGACCACGCGAAGCUGCCCGCCGCCGAGAACCCCAAGAAGCGCUUCAACGUCGACUCGCCCGCCUUCACCCCGCUGCAGCCCGCCACCAAUGGCCAGGCCACCCCCGCCGCCCGCAGCGCCGCCAUCUCGCCCAAGGCCGCCAGCGCCGCCGUCUUCACCCCCAAGUCGCAGCGCUCCACCGUAAGCACCCCCAGCCUGCACACCAAGGAGCCCUCGACCGAGUGGCAGGCCCAGGACUUUCACGACUUUGUGCCGCAGUCGUUUGAGGUCGAUCCUGCCUCCUCCCUCAGCUACGACCCCUUCAACCCCUCUCCCGGCAUCGCUGCCAUCUCCGCCUCCACCCCAGCCAUCAACCCCUACGCCCAGGACCCCUCUGGCCUCGCCAGUGCCUCCUAUUACCAGAACGCGAAUGCCUUCCAAGCCUCGCCCGCGUACCACCUCUACUGGCCAGUGGGCCCCCAGCCCACCGGGCUGCUCGCAUACCAGCGCACCGCCCACGAUUUCUUCAUUCCUGACAGUCUCCGGGAAGACCUGCAGAAAAAAUCCGAGAUCGCCCGUCAGAUCCUCUCCAACGGCUCCCUCCCCCACAUCGAGCAGUACCACUCUCUCUUCUGCCUCGACACGUCUCCACAAAGAAACAACGCUCCCUUUGGCUAUGCGAGCUGGAUCUACAAGGCCGUUUCCAGCAAGGAUGGCAAGACGUAUGCCUUGCGCCGUCUCGAGAACUUUCGCCUGACCAACGAAACCGCAAUGCGUUCUUUCCAGCCCUGGAAGAGGAUUUUGAACGGCAGCGUCGUCACAACCCACGAAGCCUUCACCACCAGAGCCUUCGGCGACAGCUCGUUGAUCAUGGUGUCCGACUACCACCCAAACGCCAAAUCGCUCGCAGACGAGCAUUUCAAGCCGGUGCCACGUUACCACGGCAGGCAGGCAGCAUCAUCACACGUCUCAGAACAGACGCUGUGGGGCUACCUCGUCCAGAUCGGCUCAGCCCUCAAAGCGAUACAUGGUGCAGGUCUGGCUGCAAGGCUGAUUACCCCGUCGAAGAUACUCCUGACCUCCAAGAACCGCAUACGACUCAAUGCGUGCGGCAUCAUGGACGUGGUGCAAUUCGAAAACGUGCGGCCGAUAGCCGAGGCCCAAGCCGAUGACCUUCUCCAGCUGGGCCGACUGAUUUUGUGCAUAGCUAACAACAACCCGACAGCUCAUGUGAACAUGCAAAAGUCCAUGGACUAUGUGUCAAGAAGCUACACCGGUCGAUUGAAAGAAUGCAUUCAGUAUCUCCUCAGCCCGCAACCCCAAACAGGUGCCGCUGCCUCGCCCUCCUCUCCGGUCGUGCUGAAGGACAUCGACACUUUCCUGGGUGGCAUUGCCGACCAGUUUGCGUCAGUCUUCGACUCGGAGCUCCACGCACAGGACACGCUUACCAAUACUCUUGGCCGCGAGCUGGAGUCGAGUCGCAUCGCCCGCUUGCUCAUCAAGCUCAACAUGAUCAACGAGCGUCCGGAGCUUGACGCCUCCCAGCACGUGCCCGGCAGCGCCACCGCCAAUCCGUCGUCGGGAUGGGCAGAGACAGGCGAGCGAUAUUAUCUCAAGCUCUUCCGCGACUAUGUCUUCCACCAGGUCGACGCGAACGGCCACCCCGUCACCGACCUGGCGCACGUGCUCGACUGCCUGAACAAGCUGGACGCCGGCGCCGACGAGAAAAUCAUGCUGACGAGCCGCGACGAGCAAAACGUGCUCAUCGUGAGCUACCGCGAGGUCAAGCGGGGGCUGGAAUCGGCGUUCCAGGACCUGGUCCGCGCGGGACGCGUCAGCAAGAACUAGACAUGAUGACGUGCCGAUGAUUGACUUGCGUUUGUGUGAAGUUCGGGAAUGCGAACAAACAAGGGGAAUACGAACAAACAAGGGUCUGAAAAUGCCUGGAACGGACAGGAGAAAUAAAUGUAGAGCGCGUGUUGUAUUGCUGAUUCGGGGACGGCAGCGGGGAGACCAGAGACGUUGGUGCGAUGUUGAUGCACGGCGGCGGUGUUGGGAAUAAGUAGACCAGACGAGAGUAGAGUAGAGCACAUCCAUACGCUAUCAAUAAUGCUUCACAUUCA